CUUAGUCUCACACACUCGCUCCAUCAUCUCAACCAAGCGCACCCCCCAAAAAAGCUCAGUGUUCCUGCGUGUGUAGCUUGCUGGUGUUGGUGUUUCUCUUCAGGACAGGAAGACCAACAGUAGCGCAGAAGUGGACACAAUAACUGGAAGGGGAAACGGGUAGUGACCUUUUUGUUGGCGGGGGGGCCGGGAGAGACGCCGAGGGUCUCAAACAAUUCAAGGGGAGGAGAAGGAGGAGGAGAACCUGUUGGUGCGGCCAAAAUAUUUCCCAGUUGCCUUCUGGAAGUGCGCUGAGCUCGUCUUGAUCACUUCACUUGGGCCAUUCUAAGUAUUGGAGCAAAGGUUGGAAACCAAAUUAAUUGGACGGAGAGUCACAGCGAGGAAAAAUAAGUGAUUGCAAGGGUUAAAAAAAAAAAAAUUCGGGAAGGAUUUAAGAGGUCUUCAGGAAGGAUACGGUAGUUUUAGACCCGCCAGCACUCAGAGAUCAUGGCUUUGCUCCGGCUCUGGACCGCGGGGCUUAUUCUGGCCGUCGUAGCCUGGUCCGUCUCGCCCGGUGUUACCGAGGAGUCUGGAUCGGCGAGGAAGCAACGAGUUGCUGAGGAGAUUGUGAGGAAGGAGAGCCAUCCUGUCGUGUCACGGAAAAAGAGGGAGUGGAUCUGGAACUCGCUCUAUGUGGAAGAGGAAAAACCGGCACCCAUUCCUUACAAGAUUGGGCAGCUUAAGUCCAGUCAAAAAGUGGAGGUGAAGCGGUUUAAAAUCGAGGGAGAGGGCGCCGACAGCAUCUUCACAGUGGACCACAAAGGCGAUCUGUUUGUCAGCAAAUCUCUGGACCGUGAGGAGAAGAGCGCGUACCACCUGACCGCCAGGAUGUACGACGGCAACAACAAACUCAUAGAAGACUCGGGCGACUUUGUGGUCCAGGUGACUGACAUCAACGACAACAGCCCAGUCUUCCCCAGAACAUACAACGGAUCUAUCAUGGAGAGGUCCACUAUAGGAACUAAAGUGAUUGAGGUGAGGGCAACGGAUGCUGACGACCCCACCACCGCCAACGGCGAGCUACGCUACUCCCUGACGCCUGACGGUGACCUGUCUGCCUUUGAAAUCGACAGCAUAUCAGGUAUGAUUAGUUGCAAAGUGGGCACUCUGGAUCGUGAGACGAGAAGUCAGUACGUGGUGGUGGUGCGGGCUCAGGACAUGAGAGGAAUGGCGUCAGGCAGCACGGCCACCACCUCCGUCACCAUCAGCGUCGCGGACAUAAACGACAACAUCGCUUCUUUCACUAGACGCAUGUACGAGUUGCAGGUUCCUGAGAACCACAAGCUGAACUCGCGGAUCGGCACUCUGGAACUUGAAGAUCGCGAUCAGAUCCAAAACAAGGAGCCCAUCUUCUCCCUGCCCCUCGACAACAAAAUGUUCUAUGUUGAGAUCGGGCCCAGCAAGGACGGCAACCUUAUGCUCAGACAACCACUGGACUACGAGACAAGAAAGAGCUAUACAUUUAGCGUGCAGGUGAGGGAGAACCUGAGAAACUUGCGCUUUCCCGCCGACAACGUGGCCACUGCCGUCACCACAGCACAGGUGAACGUUAAAGUGUUGGAUGUGGAUGAACCACCGGUGUUUUUGCAACCGACGUACACUUUCAAAGUGCCUGAAGAAAGACUGGUCAACAACAUCGGCACCGUUAGCGCCAGAGAUCCCGACAAAGCCGCCAAGAGUAUCCGGUACUCCAUUUUAGACAAGGAUUGUCCAAUCGCUAUCAAUCCGAUCACAGGGCAGAUGUCCACCCUGAGGACUCUGGACCGCGAGCUGGAGGCCACGCACAUGUUCCAAGUUACAGCCCAAGAGGAGCCAAGCGGUUUGGAGUCAUUUGUCAAAGUCAACAUCAUCGUGGAGGACGUCAAUGACAACAAGCCUGAAAUGGACGUGGAUGAGAUCUUUGUAUGCGAGAAUGACAACGCCAAUACAGUUAUCGGGACAUUGAGGGCCACAGAUAUGGAUGACCAGCCUGCCUCGUUCUCCUUCAUGCUGGCUUCUCCAAGCUCCAACUUCUCUAUCAGGGACCAUGGCAACAACACCGCAGACGUGUUGGUGAAACAGGGGCCAUUCAACCUGGAUGAUCCCAGAGAUUACAGCGUGGAUGUGAGCAUCAGUGACGGGGGCCGACCCCUCCAGACCAGCGUCACCAAACUGGUUAUCAAGGCAUGCCGCUGUGACGCUAGACGCAUCCCAACGCAGUGCAAGGCCGUGGCGCAGAAGAUGGGAGUGAGCGUUCACGUUCUCAUCGCCAUUCUGCUCUGCAUACUCACCAUACUGGUGAUCGUCAUCCUAUUUGUGAUGAAGAAACGUUACCACAAAGACUCGCUGGCCGGCAUGAAGAACAGCGGUGAGAUUCACGAACAGCUCGUAACCUACGAUGAGGAGGGUGGCGGCGAGAUGGACACCAACGGCUAUGACGUUUCCAUCCUGACGUCGGCAUUCAACGAUGGUUCCCUCCUGCGGCACCCGGACUGCCUCCCCCACCCGUCACUCUACGCCAUGGUCCAGAAGUCCCAGCCCCACCAUCACCCACACCAAGUACAGCCCGCCUCUGCCUGUAAGGGAGACAUGGCAGCCAUGAUUGAGGAAAAGAAACACGACGCGGACCACGACCGUGAAGGCUUCCCUUACGACACGCUGCACAUCUAUGGCUAUGAGGGCCCAGAGUCCAUCGCAGGGAGCCUCAGCUCGCUGGGAAGCUCUUCCAGUGGCGGAUCAGACUCAGACUACGACUUUCUGAGUGACUGGGGCCCCAGAUUCAGGACCCUUGCUGAGCUGUACGGCGUGGACGAGUCGGAUUACUACCACUAGAUGACCUUUUCACCGAGACGCCACGUGUACUUCCGGGUGGCAAAAACUAGAUGGCAUCAGUCGAGGCAGAGCAAUUCAGUAUACGGUAAACAGAAUUUUCUAUUGGUGUUAGAAUGAAACCAAAACCAGAUAAAGUCAAACAUUCUUCUAUCUAUCUGUGGGGGAAAAAAGGCCUUCUACUAAGACUGUGCCAUAUCAUACCAUUGAUAUUAACGGUGAAAUAUCACUGGCUGCAGCUUUCUUUGGUGUUCCUUCCUGUUAGACGCCAAAAUAUAAACACUAAAGCUCAAGUUUUAAACUGUUAGUUUUUAAAUGUUGUUAUACUUGAUUUCUGAGGUUAAACACGACUUGAUUAAUUUUUGUUUCCAUUUCAAACUGUGCCAUUUAUCAAUCGUACAUUUGCGCUCUUUACACUGCAGUGUAAUUGUGUAAAAGUAGGGUGAGCUGUAUAUUGUGUGCAAUGAAAACGCUGUAAAUUUGAGUCAGAAUUACGCACAUAUUUUGCAGGAUUUUUAUUCCCAUAUCACCCAAAAUAUCACAUAAAACUUUGAGGCUAUAUCGCUCACCCUACCUUAUACAAAGCUAAAUGUUUGGGGGUCCGGUUCCGCAGUCUAGCAACCUGGACAAUAGCCGUACGAUGUAUCUGCUUCAGCUACACCCAGGUUUUUGUCAUCGUUUUCAAUUCAGAUCAACAGUACUCGGUCACUUUUCAGUCACCCGGAAGUACCCUGACGCCUAUUGUUUACACGUAUUAUGAAAAGGUCUAUAGUCUACAGCCAUAAAAAAACAACCACACUUGAGGAGGAACAAGACUUUGAUGGUGUCACUUUUGUUUUUGGACACAGACAUUGGAGAGUACAAGUGUCUCUUCUCGUCCAAUCAGAUUGAAGGAUGUUCACGUGAAAGGGAAUGGUCGCACUAGUGCAAAGUUGCGAUUGAAGGACGCAAUGAAACCUAACAAAGUUGACGUCUGAGCGCUAUUUUCUUAAAUGCCGUGUUUUCGCUUUUUGUCUACUUUGGUAUUUUUAUCUAUUUUACAAACGCACACACACUCAUGCAAUUUCCACUUUAAUAGAUACACUUGCACCAUUCAAUAUUUUCUAGUACAAAAAUGCAAAGACAAAAUUGUUAAUUUUUGUACCAGAACAUAUUGAACAGAACAUGUAAGUGUGCCUAAUAAAGUGGUGCUAGCUUUCUAUAUCGAUUAGUAAUAGUACUAUGAUAUAUUCUGGUGGAUACCAAAAAUUUGACAAGAAACUAAUACAAUACUUUUAAGAGUGGCCAGGCUUAUUUGUACUGUUUUAACCCAAGUGUUAGUUAUCUCUUUAGUCGUUUUUUUUUUUUUUUAUAUUUCACAAAAGAAGAAUAAAAAGGAAGUCAGUUGAUGAGUUUUACAUGCACACACACACACACAAUGUUCACUUUAUUAGGUACGCUUGCACCAUUUAAAUACAAUAUACAGGUAAUUAUGUCCAGUUUAAUUGAUACUAAGAGUGGUAGCUUUCCUACUCCAUUCACAGGUGCAUGUGUACUUAAUAAAGAUGUACCAGUUCGCCGUGUUCAAUCCAUAUACAUACUGUACAUGCCUUGAGAUAUAAUCUUAAAUCAUUAAAAAUACCUUUAUCGCAAAAUAAUCUCAAAUUCUCCCUUUCCAUUGAUGUGGAUGAGAAUGGAUUUAAUUUGUUUGAGCCCCCCACCCUAAGUUCUCCAAAGUUAUUAUAGUUUUAAAUGUCGAUAUGGUGACGCUAAACACAUUU